CAACCCCUUCUCCACACCCCUCGCUGACAUUUCAACUGUGCCUGUCCACGACAAAUCAUCUCAAGCAGAGCAAAGACAAAACAGCAGGCACGCAGAGAGAUUGGCGGAUUAUUAUCAUCUGAGAGCGCCAUGUUUUACUGGACAGUCUUCGCUGUGUGUGAGCAGCUCUGAAGAGUCUCCUGAAGCUCGUCCUCUGACCCUCCUGGACUGAACUCGGCCGAACCUGAAACAGCUCUGGAAUAUGUCUGAAACUUUUCACCCAGUGGACAUCUUCCCUUUACAAUCAAGACACACCUUUUACCAGAAACAACAGGUGAAUUUCUAACAGGGUGGGUGGCAGAAAAGUGAGGGGACAAUGAACGACACAGUCACACCUCCGCCUACAACCACAGACUCCACCGCAGUGUGUGUUAAAAUUGAAAAGAGCGCCAUCAGUGACCUACUCAUGUCAGUUUACAUCCUGGUAUUUAUUUUUGGAUUGAUCUUCAACGUGCUGACUCUGGGACCUAUUUGGCAACAAGUGCGGCGGCAAAACAUUUUGGGCAUCUUCCUGCUCAACCUGUCCCUCUCCGACAUGCUUUUCCUCUUCACUAUGCCCCUCUGGGUCAAUUAUUACCACCAGGACCACCAAUGGAAGCUGGGUGUUAUCUCCUGCAGCAUAGCUGGCUUCUUCUACUACUCCAACAUGUACAUCAGCAUCUUCCUGCUCUGCUGUAUCUCUGUGGACCGUUGCAUUGUGGUCACGUUUCCGCUCCGUUCCAAGACCCACCGUACAUCACACUACGCCUGGGCACAGUGUGUCGCUGUCUACGUUGUGGUGGUGGUGCUGCACAUCAUGGUUCUGUUCUAUGACAACCUCAAGGAUGCCCACGAUGACAUGAACAGCAAUGACCGUUGUUAUGAGACUUACCCCAUGCAGAAGCCUGUUGCCUUGUUCAACCUGAUCAGAGUGGCCAUCGGCUUCCUGCUGCCACUGCUGGUGUUGGCGGUGAGCUACUGGAGAGUGCUGGCCACUGUGGGCCAGAGUCCCGGCCUGAGUGCCCAGGCUAAGAGGAAGGUCCGCUUGCUGUCCUUUGGCGUGAUUGGGAUCUUCUCAAUUUGCUUUGCUCCAUAUCACAUUCUCCUGCUCGCACGCUCACUCGUUUUCUAUCACAGCGAAAACACACUUCCUGGGGGGAGCUACUGUGAGUUUGAACAAACCAUGCACUUCUUCUUCUCGUGCACGCUGGCGCUGUCCAGUCUGAACUGCGUGGUGGACCCUGUGCUGUAUGCACUGGUCAGUAACGGGGUCCGUGAGGAGGCGAAACUCUUCUGGAAGAGGAAUAGAAGGACACAGGCAGAGAGUUGUGCCCUAGCUUCAUCCAACAGAGCAAAGUUAAAUAAUAAUUUAAUAUGAAACAUAUGAGGCGACAAGCGCAUUCGUAUGCAUAUGUGUGUCUCUGUGUGUGUGUGUGCAUGUACAUGAUUAUGCAUAAUACAGUAGCUGUUUAAAGUCAUGUCUGCAUCUCCAGUUUUAGCCUGUAAGUAGCAGGAAUGCAGGCGUAUCUCAUAACAACCCUUUGUGUACAAUCAGAUAUUCUUUGAGGGAACAACAUUGCCGCCUUUGUCUGUUUUUUUCUCCCUCGUAUCCUUACCAUUCCCAGGGUGGAAUAACAUGCAUCUUGGAGCUGUGUCAUUGGAUUGUAAUCCCCAGUUCUGCUCUGCCAAGAGUUCCUCAGUGACAGCCACUCCUGCUUUGUGGAUGGACACCACUGGAGUUGAAGAGCCCUUGUGUUUUCCCUACAAUCUAUACAGGGCUGCUGUGAUUGUGAUUGUGCGACCCAGGUAUAGAAUUACAUUACUGUGAUGCAUGCCACGAAAAAAGCACUUAUUACUGUUGCAUGACCAUGUUUCCUCAGUGUCUGAACGUCAGUGUUAAAUGUAAAUGCAAAUAAACCAGUGGUUUGAUCAGGUG